AUGAUUAUGAUGAUUACUAGUACUAAUGUUGAUAAUGAUAGCAUUAAUGAUGACAGUAAUGAUAAUGGUAAUAAUGACGAUGGUAACAAUGAUGAUAAUAAUGUUGAUGAUGAUAAUAAUGACAACAAUAAUAAUAAUAAUGGUAAUGAUCAUAAUGAUAAUGAUAAUGGAGUGAAUAGAAUGUUAGAAAUUCCUCCUCUGCAAGCAUUAUCACUUCAUUUAGAUUAUUUAACAAUACUAUUAAAUUUUGAUUUUACAACAAUCGAUGAUACAAUGUUCCUUGAUAUUUCUUUUUCCUUUUUCCCCCGUAAUUAA